UUCUUGCAGAGGGGAGGAAAAUCCAGAAACAGCUGUGAAGACAUCAGAGUUAAAUGCAGAAGCAGAGACUCUGAAACCCAUCAGGCCUCCUCAUGAUUUAUAAUUUGGGGACCGUGCCACGGCUGGUGAAGGAGAUUACGGAAAAUCGACCAAGGAAAGGAGCUUGGGACUUGCUAAAAAAACAAAACUACAUUAGCAUCUUGUGCCAAACUGCAAGUACAUAGAGACUAAUAAUUCGGUAUUUGACACAGCAUGGCUUUUACCAUGCUCAGAUCAAUGCCAACGCAUAUGAUAUACCAGGAUGUCAGUAUGCUGUCUGAGGAUGAAGAGAACCAAAGUGAGAGCGAUGCUUCAGACCAAUCAUUUGGUUGCUAUGAAAGUUCAUCAAAGAGACGGAAGAUACCAAGGAAACCUGGACAGGUUGUGGUAGUGAAGCAGAGGCAAGCCGCCAACGCCAGGGAAAGAGACAGAACCCAAAGUGUGAACACUGCCUUCACCGCUCUCCGUACUCUCAUACCCACCGAACCGGUGGACAGGAAGCUUUCCAAGAUAGAGACAUUGCGCUUGGCAUCAAGCUACAUCUCCCACCUAGCUAAUGUCCUGCUGCUAGGGGAAGGUUGCGAGGACGGACAGCCCUGCUUCAGUACAGUGUACAGACCCAAGGAUGACACAGAUGGCAAGAUUCCACGGAGUAUCUGUACCUUUUGUCUUAGCAAUCAGAGGAAAGGGACCACAAGGAGGGAACACUCUGGGAACUGUCUCAAGGUCAAAGGGCUGAACACACUGCGCGUUCCGCAGAGAUGAUGGCUGCGUCUCUACAUUACGUAGGUGGAAACAACAGACCGGAUGAAAAGUCUUUAUUUUUUUGAAUAUUUCAUUUCAAAUAAAAGCCAAGACAAGAUUUUGCAGCCCGCCAGACGUGCCAAUUUCUAAAAGAACAAUAUAAUAUCAGAUUUACAACCGAAUGGAAACAGACCUUGGAUUUCUAAAUGUUUAUCAAAAGACGCCUAAAUGCUGUGUAAAGCCAUGGGAUAUGAAAGGGCUUUUUUAAAAAAAACUCAAUAAUUAACUGUAUGUCCUUCAGGGUUGGACUUCAUAUGAAACUCAAAAUCAAAUCAUCCAUCAGCCUAUUUUUUUUUUGUUGUUUUAAA